AUGUGGCUCCUUGCGUCGUUGUUCACUGCCGUGGCCGGCACGUGCUUUGACCAUGGCAGCUUUUCUCAGGAGCAUUGGCCGUUUUGCCAAGAGCUGCAAAGUGGCAUGAUGUACAUGUAUCCGGGAAGCAACAAGUACUUUGGACCUAGUGCCGACGGUGAUUUUAUGAAGCUCGGUCUUCAUGUGGACAGUCACAGCGGAUGGAGUGCUCUGGCGGUGGGUGGCAACGGUGGCAUGAAAGGUGCCCAGCAGUUCGUGGUACGUCAAGAAGGAGGUCAGUGGAUCGCAGAGGAGCGCUACUCUGCUGAUUAUGUCAAGCCUGAACUGCAAGAAACCCAAGAGAUUGUGCUGAUGUUCGCGGACGAAGUAAAUGGCUCGACUAGCUGGGGAGUGCUUUUGCCCACACGAUCCUGCCUAGCUGGAGAGAGGUAUGCCAUGGAAGACGUUGGGAUGUUUAUGCACUGGGCUCUGGGCUAUUCCCAUGACUUCAGCUACCACAAGUCACGAGGUCAGUUCCACACCAAUCUGGUGGGGGGUCCACCAGCAGCGGCACCUGACAUGAGCAGCUUCCCUUCCAGCACCAUGACCAUGCCCGAUGUCCUUGUGGAGCAUCAAGGUGAAGGCGAUUCCAGGAAUCCCUAUCUUUGUGGUAUCUUCGACAUGGCUGAAGUCCUUCCAUCUGGUCUCAAUUCCUCUGACAAACAUCAUGUGGCAAAGUUCGCUCCUGUCCUGGCUACAGCCUCGGCCAAGUACGUGCAUCACAUGAUCCUCUUCGAAUGUUCGGAUGAGGCGGCUGCUGCCAACAAUCUCACUCACCAGCAGGUGAUUUACGAUUGCGAACGGAUGCUGAUGGGAUGUCAGACCAGCAAAUGGCCUUGGGCUGUUGGGGGGGGAAGAUCUGAUCUUGCCAGAUGA